AUUGGAAAACAAAGCUUUGCAGGUGAAAAAUUCUGUGGUGAACUAACCUUUGUUUAUCCUCAUAUUCUUGAGUUUAUCUCAUCGAAAAGACAAUUCGUAUUUGUACAAGUUAUGUGGAAUAUCGUUGGGUUAUAGCAGAAAUGAGUUCAAACGUCAAAACUGCCAGUAGUGGCAAAAAGAAAGGCGGUGGUUUUCUGGCCAGGCAAGCAAAAGCAAAGACAGAGAAAAACCAAGUGACAGAAGAGGAACUGCUGCAGAGAGAUUCAAUAAGUCCUGAUGAUGUUCUCAAAUUACAUAAGAUUUCAGAAAAUUAUCUGUGCCCUCCUGAGGCCAAUGUAUAUCAGAUCGACUUCACUCGAUUCAAGUUAAGAGAUAUGGAGACCGGAACGGUAUUAUUUGAAGUAGCCAAACCAGCUAGUUCAGAAAUUGAAGAAGAAGGUGAUGUAGAUACAGAGGAUGUGGACCCAAAUGCUGGCCGUUUUGUACGUUAUCAGUUCACGUCACAAUUUCUCAAGCUCAAAACAGUUGGUGCCACAGUUGAAUUUACCGUAGGAGACAAAUCUGUGAAUAAAUUCCGUAUGAUAGAACGACAUUACUUCCGAGAGAAGCUGCUGAAGAGCUUUGAUUUUGAGUUUGGCUUUUGUAUACCCAACAGUAAGAAUACUGUUGAACACAUAUAUGAAUUCCCCCAUCUAAAUUCGGAUGACAUUCAAGACAUGAUAGACCACCCAUAUGAAACACGUUCUGACAGUUUCUAUUUCGUAGACGAUAGGCUAAUAAUGCACAACAAAGCUGACUAUGCCUAUAAUGGAGGUACCCAGUAGGCAGAUUUGAGAUCACAUCAACAGCGGUUGAAUUGACCAUUCCUCCACAACCCGGCACCCCUGAUGUCUUGGCAUGAAACAGUCCAGUCCUUAUCAAAUGAGGAGAGUCAUGCAUCAUUUUAGAAGAGUUCAUGAAGUGUUAAGGGGUGUUUUUUUGGGUUGUCUUGUGUAAUGUUAUUAUUUAUUGCUGUAAAUAUGAAGAAAGAAAGAUCUAGUCUUAACUUCUAUAUGAUUGACUAAAAUCUGUAUGUCGGAGUAUUAGAAUGGUUCCUUCAGAUAUGCCUUAUUCUGGCUUUGUAUCUGCUAGGUUUUGCAUAAAUUGGCAUUAAAAUUUUGUGUGAAGUCAGUUGUGAAAAUGAACACGAAAUCCUGUCUACUACAUUGGUAGUAACCAUUGUAACAGGUGAUCAUUUGGGGUUAGGUCACAUUGAAUUCUGACUUGUGUAUUCUGGUAAUACUGUUAGAUAGCUGUGAAGUGCACACACUGACCAACUGCAUAACCUGGUGAAAUGGUGUGACAGACUUGAUCAGCUUACAAUGCAUAGUCUUACAAGUUUUCAACACAACUUAUUUCCUCUCCGAAAUGUCAUGUUCAGCAGCCAACAAUGAAUAAGAAGCAUUUGAAGACUAAUUUUGGUUGUACAUUUUGUGUACUGCUGCUGUCCCAGCAACCCAUAAAUAUGCAUAAUUCUUCCCUAACUAACUGUCAGUACCACAGGGGUCCAUCUAGUCAAUGUUGGAUGUUUCUAAAAGAAAUGAGCAUGGUAGGUCAGUCUGAGGCAGUUCUAACCCCGCCACAGUUGAAAGAAAACAUGUGUAAGUAUUUGAAUUGAUGUGUGGUGACCUUAUUCCUUUAGUUGUUGAGCAUUGUACCCUACCAGUCUUGUCGGUUGACUGAGUGGAAGGUGGUCUUUUUGUAUGGAAUGCUGUUUUGGUAGUGUGUAGAUAAGACACAUGGAAGUACUGAUAAGAACAAUAUGUAAAUAACUUGUACGUGUAUGUAAGUUUUAACAAAAGGACUUCUCUGCAAGUUAAAAAACAACUAAAAAAUAUCAAUAUUGUCUCGUACACAUAGUCUCUUGAUCUCUUAGUCUUUUUUGGGGAGCUCCUUGACAAGAAUGACUUUCAGAAGUUAUUUCAAAAGUUAUUUGAAAACUUCUUGUAUUGAUGUAUUCAGGCCAAAUAAGUUAAUCAUAGUAUUUUGUGGAAGAUUGAUUUUGCAGGAACAGAUUUAAGUUUGCUUUUGCUUUCAACAUUACAAAAUUAAUUUCCUGGCAUUCCAGUUGUGUUUAUUGCCAGAGACUAACAUUCGUGUCACAAUGCAUUUGGUUGCCAUUGGUGACAUGUUCAGCUUGUGGUGAUGUCAUUCAAUAUAUGACAAGUAAAUGCCAGUCAAAUGCAAAAGGAAAUUGACAUUAUAAAAAUCAUGAGCGCGGCAUCCAGCAACUGGGUUCAUUGCGCCAAUCCAAUGUUUCGAGGUUUUAUAUCAGCUGUGUAUCAUUAGGACUUGCUUGAGCAUUUGACUGACUUGUAUAAUUCCUGUGAUCCUGGUCGCAGUUCACAUGCAAGUGAUUUUAUCAUGUAUAUUCCAUCCAAUAAUUCAGUGUUUCAUGUUCUUGCCAUUCAAGACGGGUUGUAACAUUCAUCAAUUUCCUAUCAACUCAGAAAAACAUCAUCAUUGACUCAUUCAGUUAAGUGAAAUUUAGAGCUAUAACCAGGAGUCCCUUUAUAAGUGGUCUACAUCAUAUGAGAACAUAGCAAGUAAGCCCUAUUCGUCUCACCUUUGGAAUCGAUAAUGCAUGUGGCCUGUUAUGACUGUAAGUAUCAAUUGCAUGAAGUUUGCUAAAGAAAAGUGCGGGGGUUAAUUGUGUCACCUCGGUAGGCUAAAACACAAACUGUUGAUGAAAGAAAUGUCGGGAUGGGGGGGGGGGGUGUCAAUGUGUAAUUCAUUUUGGCUCUUUUUUGGAUUUUCAUUAUUCUUCUUCAAGAUGAUGAUACAGCUCCUGGUUGAUUUUAUGAUAGGAGUGCUUUCGUUGGUAUCUUUUCAUAAACAAUUAAUGAAUUGAAUUCAUAGCAUCUUUUCAUUUGCUGUAAUAUUGAUGAACCUGUUUGUACUUCAAUUUCCAUGGCGACAUUGGCUUAUAUUGUUGUGGUCUUUCAUGUAUUCAGAGCCUGAUUGGUUUGUGAGUGAUGAAUUACUGGUACUAUAUAUUGAAGAUCACUAAAGAAAAAAACCUCAGAUUAAUGCAGUUUAUUCUUACAUGAAUUAUUUCAUGUGAGUGUCAGAAUAUGAUAGCUUGAAGGGACCAUAAUGAAUCUUGUCCUGUCUGUAUAUUUUGUUCAUGUAAUUAUUUGUGCCUCCAUUGUCUCGAGAAAAAGGAUCUCAAAAUCAUUGUUCAACCUGCCAUGUCAACAAUGCUGCAUUUGAUGACUCAAGUUACCUCAAACUUGUGAAAGGGGCAAAAUAUAUUUCAGUGUAAUCGGAAUGAAAUUUAUCAUUUUCGAAAAAGAUACUCUAUCUGAUACAUUUUUGUUGCCCGUAAAAAGCCUGUGUGAGUAUAAAGUGCAGUGUUGUAAUCAUAGAGAACAUUACCGGUACACUUUCAUGAGAGUUGGAUAAAAACCUUUGGGCUGAAUUUCACCUCUGAUCAUAUCCACUAAACUGGGUCCAAAGCUAAGAAGAACUGCUUAAUAACACCUGCCUUGUAAUCUCCACCAGAAGGAAAUAAACUUUUUCAUUUUGCUAAACGGCAAUAAAAACUACGAUCAAUUUAGUGUUAGAAUGAUCCAGUCAAAAGAGCUUCUGUGCGAUGAAUAAAUAAAAAAAGGACAAGAGACAUCGCACACAAGAUUCAUCCCAAGAUUUGUAUCCGACUUAAAUGCUUUAUUGGCUUGAUUUAUUUGCCUUCACACAAGAACUGCCUGUGCCAGAUAUCAUAGGUUGCUGAAAUUUAUACAGCAGAGAGCCUCUUUCCGUCCUUUCUGCAUUCCUUUGUUGUUUGUCUGUGAUUUUAACUGUAUGUUUAUUCGAGAUUGGCAAAUCAUUGGUGACACUAUUUUCUGUUGUAUUCCUUGUACGUAGAUGUCGUUGUCACUGCUACAUUUGACUGCAGAAUGGCUACGUUACAUCAAGCUCUGCGCUCUAUGGCUGCAUAUAGCAAAUGAUGAACAAUGCAGGUUGGCAGUGUUCCACUGAUGUAGUGUCGUCAUUUUGCUGACCGGGGUGACAUAUUUGGCAUCCAAUAUGGCGGCACUUUACAUCAUCUACAUGUAUAGAUUCGUAGUGAUCUACAUUCAGAAAGAUGCUCCUGUAACAGUUUUCUUCAAGUAUCAUGUUAAUUAGCAUGGACACAUUUCACUAUUAAAUAUGAAAGGAUUUGAUGAUAUCAACUUGUUUUGAUCUCAAGAUUCUUACUUUCUUAACGAAUUGCUCUCAUAAUUAGAAGUGAGGUAUGUUCUACUACUGCUAUCGACUAUCAAAACAUUUUUUUACCCUGGUCAAAUCCGAAUGUGUCAUUUGGCAUUGAAUCUCUCAUGCACCAUGAUUGUGAUAAAAAGACCUCACAUUGCUAACGAAAGUCACCAAUGAUAUGACCGAUAUCUCAUGCUCAAUCAUACAGAAACAAGCAACUAUUAUUAGAAGUAUUUUGCUAACUAGACUGUGUAUAUUAAUAUAAGUGUUUGUAAUUGGUUUGUGUUUUAUUUGUUGUACAGAAGUAUAUAAAUUAAGUGUAAUUUCAUUUACAGCGAAGGGUGUUAAUUUGUAUUUUGACCGGAAUGCCCGGGAUUAAUUUAUACAUAUAGUUGACCCCCGUUUUAAACCUGUGACUAAAAAAAGGUGGAGUGAGUAUACAUUUAAUAGUACCGAUAAGGUUUUGACAGUUUCUAUGAAGUAAUUCGCCUGAGUUGAGUUUUGAGUUAUUCUGAAGUUGCCCUGGUGGCUUGUGUAUGGUGUUGCAAAGAAUGCAUAUCAAACCUGUAACAAAAUGUAUUUUCAAUGACAGAACAUUUGCAAAUGGUUUCUUUUUACAUUGUUGAUGUUGCUGGAAAAUUGACUCUUAUAUCUUGGUGUGGAAUAAACUGAUUUGAAAAGUGUUGUGGGAUAAUCUAAAUAGCGCAGAAUAGCUUGCAUUCUGCGUCCUAGUGAAAAGCAAUAAUUAGGGAUGAAAACAGAUAUAGGGUAUAUAAAAAGGCCACGGUCUCUUCAGACACUGCAAAGCCUAUAAUGUGCACUAAUUAUACUUGCAUGAGGAAUAUUCAGGGGUCAGAGAACCUCCUGUUCUUAGGAUUUCGUAUUUGCAAUUAUAUUUGUGUUGUCUGAGAUUGAGGACAUGAGAAAUUUUGAAGGUUUUAUUUAAUGCCAGGCGUUCAUUGUACAUGUAUACAUUGGAUUUGAGUAAGUAAAAUUGUACUGUUACUAAUAAUUCUGAUACACCCUGUAUAGUAGCUUGGCCAUUAUGGGCACCACUAUUAUUGUAAUUACUUAGUAUUCAGGGGUACACCAACAUGUGUAAAAGUUAUGUAAUUCUGUUGGUCAGUCAGGUUAAAUAACUUUCUGAGAUUACAACAAAAAAUCUUGAAGACAUCGUUUGUAGAUUUUUCUGAUAGGUCUACUGCCAAGUGUACAUUGUACUUCGCGUCUUCAGUGUGUCUUCUUUACUCACUGACUAAGUUUGAUACAAAGCAAAAUUAUAAUGUUGUCUUUAGCUUCUGUCUAUUACAAUGAAAUAUUGUUUGUAAUUUUUUAAUCUAAAAAGAGGGGAACCUUCUUGACUUAACAUGCUGUAAAUCGCUAUUGGCACAAGUUUUCAUUUUGUGAUUAUAGCAAAGCAGUCCAGUUGCAACGUUAUUCAUAGCCUGCAUAAUUUGUGGUUGCGUCAUACAUGUUAUGUACUCUUAUAGAUUUUCUGUUACACAAAUGACACAAAAACACUGUGUGGUCUUGGUGUUAACCCCUGUCGUCCACACUACCACUCACAAAGAACCCUGUAAACACAGCAUUAUCACUCCACCUUAGUUACGUCAGUGUUAACUAUCUCUGUAAGAACUUUUCAUACAAUUGUGAAUGUACAGUGCCACAAGUGUAAUAAAAAUAUCUCUGAUAAUGAGAA